GCUGGUAGAAAUGAAAGAUUCGAAGGUAUGACCUAUGGUGAUGUUAUGGGUAUGAUGGGUACUCAAAUUACCAAACACAUUAAUAAAGAUACCAAAGAAACUAAAUCAGUUGGUUCAAUCCCACAAAGCUUUGAUGCUCGUACUCAAUGGCCAAACUGUAUUCACCCAAUCUUAAAUCAAGAACAAUGUGGUUCAUGUUGGGCUUUCUCAGCUUCAGAAGUUCUUUCAGACAGACUUUGCAUUGCCUCAAACGGUAAAACUGGUGUUGUCUUAUCACCACAAGCUUUAGUUAGUUGUGAUAUCUUUGGUAACCAAGGUUGCAACGGUGGUAUCCCACAAUUAGCUUGGGAAUAUAUGGAAUUACACGGUAUCCCAACUUAUGGUUGUUUCCCAUACACCUCUGGUAACGGUACUGAUGGUUCAUGCGUUAAAAACUCAUGUGUUGAUAACGAACAAUACACUCUCUACAGAGCCAAACCAUUAACCUUAAAGACCUGUGCUUCAGUCGAAUGUAUCCAACAAGAUAUCAUGAAAUUUGGUCCAAUCCAAGGUACCAUGGAAGUUUACUCUGAUUUCAUGUCCUACACCAGUGGUGUCUACACUAUGACUCCAGGUUCAUCAUUAUUAGGUGGUCAUGCCAUUAAAAUUGUUGGUUGGGGUUUCGAUCAAGCAUCAAACCAAAACUACUGGAUCGUUGCUAACAGUUGGGGUCCAUCAUGGGGUAUCGACGGUUUCUUCUGGAUUGCUUUUGAUCAAUGCGGAAUCAACUCUGAUGCAUGUGCUGCCCAAGCUAGAAUCUAAGGUGUGUAAUUACAUUAUAAAAUUAAAGAAUAAACUAAAUGAAACGCAAUGGUUUUAGUUGCAAGUUGUAUUUUAGUAAUUAU